ACUUCGGGGUAUCUUCGGAGUUUCUCGUUCAGUGAGUAUCCCCACUCUCGCAGUUGUGUUUGGUAGCAUUUCCAGAAAGCGUCGCUGAGAAUCACUUUCAGUUGCCCUCAGUAGCUAAGAGAUCCUAAACGAGACGAAACGUAUCUCACAGUUUGUGAACAACGAUUCUCUUCGUCUCUCUCUCUCCCCAUCAUUCUUGCAUCAGAUUUCGUUUACUUCAUAGCAUCGCAUGUGUUGCCGCUCUCGCGCCAGCGAAAUCGUGAGAGAGAAAACCGAGAGAGAGAGCGCAAAGUAGGAAUUUUUACAGUGUACGGCGUUGAACACUGAGCGGAGAUACCGAGUCUCGUCAGUAUCGCAGGAGAUUCCUAGGCGUGAGCACUUGUUUGAGGGGUGUCGCUGUCCGAGGGAGAAAGCCAAACACUCGCAUACACACACAUUGUGCCGACAAGUUCUUGCUCCCGUGCAAACAUCGAGGACGUCGCACGAGCAAAUAUCUCACAAGCAACACUCAAUCAUAUCGGAUCUGCACAUUAUACUCCGAACCGCGGAUGAUGCGCUUUUGGCGCGGCUGAAGCCAGAGGAAAAUUGUGUGACGUUUUGAGAAGAAUACCAUGCAAGAUAUAACAGCAGGUAAUUAAAGCAGAUCGUCAGGGAUCCCUCAAUUUGAAAGCUCGUUCAUAUCCAUCGUGAAAAGCUCUGAAAGGUUUCAACUCAAUGAUUGAGUCAGAGGAGCUGGAAGUUCUGUGUGAUAUACAAAUAGAUGACAUCUUCCGGGAUGAUGACAUACCGUCCAUAGGAGGUGUCACAGAACAGGAAAUAGAGUCGGAAACGCAACCAGAUCCGACUCCGGUCAUUUCGCUGGAUACAGCGCCGGUAAUGGUAGAGAUUCCCGCGCCAUCAGAGUGUGAACAGACAAGUAGUAUUCUCGAACUGCCACAAUCUGUGCUAUCGCCAGCAGAAUCAGCCUCAUCCGCCUCAUCGGACAGCUGGUCAACGACCAGCACUUCAACCGAUCACAUCUCGAAGAGGACCAAGAGGAAGUGUAUUCCAUGCAAUCUUACCUUCAAGCACCACUAUGACUUCUUCGAACACCAUCGCAAGCAUGUCUCCAUGCCCAUCCUGAAGCUGAAACAGUUGACACAGAGAGAGAUACAGUUCCAGGAGUUCAUGAAGAAGGGCAAGCAACAGUUCUUGUGCGCUCGCAAGAAGACUUUCCCCAAUAUUGUAUUGAAGAAACCCGAAGGAGACGGCCUGAAGUUAAAGUUCAAGUUCCACAACGUACAGAUGAACCAUGAUGAGGAUCAGAGGCUAAAUGGUAUUCGCGAUGAGUUCAGGCGAACGAUAGCAGCGGAGAGAAGAGGGGAGAAGAUCCUGAAGGCAAGUGAGAUCAAGCAGAGCCCACCGGGAUCGCCAGGACUGCAGAACAGAGGGAUCAGAGAGUUGAUACCCAUUCCUGAGCUGCCCGUUGAAAUGAUGUCGCCAGAGAAGAUUCAUUUUGAAUGUCCCACCCUGGAUGGACUGGAUCAGUUCAACAGCGAGUCGAGGGAGGACGCAUCGGACAUCCUGAAGAACUUGUUGGAGCUGAAUCAACAGCCUCUGAUGGAGCCUGAGUGGAAUGGGCCGAAUGAAUUUAUCUCGAUUGAUAAGUUAGGGCAUAUUUGCCGCGUGUGUCACAUGAACUUCACCGAUCCGGUGCUUUUGUUCCAACAUCAGAGACAAAGUGGGCAUGAUAUGCCUCCGCAAGGACCGCCAAUGCCACCGCAAAGCUUUCCGAUGUCUCAACAUCCGCCCAUGCCGCGUAUGCCCGCCAAUCAUAUGCAUUACCGAUCACCUGAGCCGAUAGGCAAUUUCCCCGGCCAAAGGAUCAGAGACAUUCAUCCGCAAGUAUCGCCUGGAAGCCAGAUGGCUGCGCUGCGCUUGCAGCAGAUCCGUAAUGGCCAGUUCCGCCCUGUCAUGCCCGUCCAGCCGCCCUUCAUGCGUGGUCGUCAUCCGCCUCCGUUGUACAGGGUUGGCGGAGCUCAAGGCGUCCCGCCGAUGGCAAACAUGGGCAGCCGGCAGCAAUUGCUGCAACAGCCGCCCAUGCUGAAUGGACCACAAGGGCCUCAGGGAUACAGAUUUGCCGUGUCCAACGGCAUGAUGAUGAAUGGAGGUAUUGUGAUGGAGCAGAACUACAAUCAGGGGCAGCAAAUGUUGCAGGACUCACAGCUGCAGGCUCCGAUGCAUGGCAUGGGGCCAAUGUUCCGCGGCGCCCGGCCAAAUUUACCUCCCAGGCGCCACUCAGUCGCGCCAAUCCCCAUCCGGCCAAAUCUUUCGCAGUUUCAGCAACCACCGGCGAAGAAGCCUCGACAGGAGCUGAUGGGAGACGCGCCAAUGGUGACGAUGCCACCACGAGCGGAGGGUGUUCCUGUGAUUGAGAGCGUCCAGAGUGGAUCGGCGGUGGCCCUGCCUCAGGCUGAGUGCAGCAAAACCAGCCCUGUGCCAUCCGGACAGAAGAGUCCGAAGGCCGUGGCGAGUAUCCUGGCCAACAGGGGGAUUACCGUGACUCAGUCUGACUUCUCCAAGACCAAGGAGAGUGCAGCCAACGACAAGUCUCCAGACUCAGUGAAAGACAAAUUGGCUGAUGAAACAGAGAGCGUGGUGCAGAAAUUGGCUCUCAACAGCUCAGUGAGUAUAAUUUCCAAAAAGAAAACUCCCUUGUUGACCAUCGACGUGACAGAGGAGGAGAUGAGUUCCGCAAAGCCGGCAGCUUCCUCGCCGUCCACGGAAAACCGCCCGAAGACGGCGGAUUUGAUUCCCGCCAAACCGGGAGUAAAACCCCGACACACCACCUUCUUAUCCUGCCCGGACGUGCGAUGUCAGAAGAAGUUCCUGACCGAGGAGGCGCUCCAGAGGCACACACAGAAGGGACACCACAGCAACAUCCGCUUCAAGUGUACCAAAUGCUCAGUGAUGUUCUCCUCUUCGGAGAGUCUCAUCAUCCACCAGAGACGCGUCCAUCGAUCUGUAAGAAUGCCUGGCGAGGAUCUGGGCAUCCCUAUUGUGGAUCUCAACAGCGCCCAGACGCGCAUGAAGCUGCUAAGCAUGGGCAUCAAGAACUUCAUCCCGCUGGGAAAUAUCAACAAAGUUUCGAAUGGCUUCUUCGGUCUGCCUCUGGUGACCCUCAAAGGAGCACCAAAUGCAGCCAUCUCCAACCUGCAGAAUAUCGGGGCGGACAGCGUCCUGUCUCUGGGCCCCAUAAAGCCCAUUAUGCCGAAAUAGCCCUCGCCUGGUGCAGCGGAAGGAGAAUCAAAUGAAAUGUGAUGAAAGCUUAACAUAAUCUAUACAUAAGCAUUGAAUUAUAUCUAACUUCUAACUUCCUAAAGGAUGUCAAAUGAUUUAUAAAAAGUCUUCUAAGCCUAGAUAUACAUUGACAAUGUUCCUGCAAAAAUUCAAUCUUAUUGGAAUCGAAUCCCAGAAAAAAUCCAACAAGUGCUAAAUGGAUUUCAGAUUAAUUGUGUAAUUAUAUUAUUUUCUAAGUUUUUUCACAUUUAUUUAUUUUUAUUCACGAAUGUGUAUGAAAGACCAUUUGAUGUAACAUAAGAUUCUGAAGUAUGACAUUGUCGAUUAUAAGUUACAAUAUCGUUUAUAUCAAAAUAUUAUGAAAAUACAUUUUGUACAUUUACAGAUCAUUAUUAGGUGUUUUUAUGGCAUUCUGAUGGGCUGGCUAGUGAUAGAUGAGCUCUUCAGUUAACGAGAAACAUCAGGGCUAAGCAAACGCUUUUCCUGCACUCUGACCAACAAUUCCACACACAAAAGCGGAAUAGAAACUAUAGCGCGAGAAAUCAGUAAAUAUAGACAGGUGCUUCGGCAUUUCAUGCAAACACUCGUGGUAUGCAAGCAUAACUCAAUACGUAAGAUGUUUGUUUGAUUUUUUGGGAAAUGGUAUUGAACAGAAUCUUCUCUAUUUUUUCAAAAUUCACAGUUUCGUGUUGUUUCAAUUAUUAUUAAUUGAAAAGGUGGCGUCAAGACACAGACGU